ACUGGUUAUUGUUGAAGGAUUUUAUCACAUAAUUGCAGGAAGUAAUAAUCUUUAGCUGUUUUACAAGGCAACAUGCAUAGGAUGUGUUUUAAGAACUUUUAUCAGAGAUCAGAAUCAUUUGCGUGGAAAAUACAAAAAAGGAAGCAGCUUUAUAUGAGGGUGUGAUGAUGGGUGCAAACGCUGAAAAUAGAAGCUUCUCUUUCUGAGAAUGAUGGUCAGUUGGUGCACCCCUUCAAAGUAAAAAUCAUUUCCCCUCUCGCACAAAUGAUCCAAAGAGCUUCAGUCUGAAACAAUACAACACAAACAAGUAAUGUGCUGGAAAUAGUGUAAUUAAAUAAUAAAAAUAAUAAUAAUUUGAAGUGUCAUCUAGAAUGUUAAUGCACUGUAAAGAAAUGCAAUGGCUACACUUUUUCUAUUUCUAAUUUCUUACGUGAAGCCCUAUGGCAACCCUUGAUCCAUAUCAAGUUGAAAUUCUCAAAUAGUAUAAUACUAACAUUUUAUAUAUCUUUUUUUUUCUAAACAAAAAGAUCCAAAUGUUUUCAUCUCAUGUCUAUGUGGUGAUAUUUUUCGAGUCUCAUUGGUGGUUGGACUAAAGAAGAACCUCGUGGUGUUAGUAACAGUACUAGGUAAUUUCCUGUGCCUUUGCUGUUGAGCGUUUGAGGUCAAGCGAUUUCCUUUUUGGUAUGUCUCACUUGAUGUUCCUCAAACUGAAGUGACAAACUUCGCACAGUUCUCUGCUAAGACUUCUUAGAUAAAGUCAUAUAUGCUCAACUGCCAUUUUACAUGAUGAGUGAAUAUCAGCAAUAAACAAGUAUGGAGAAAACAAAGCUUGAGGAGACAUUAGAGGGUUCCAGAUCACACCAGUCAACAUUAAAAGGAACCAUGGCACUGAAGAACUUUACCAUACCCAGGAAGAAACGUAACUGUGGAGAAGUUCUUCUGGAACGUUGUUCAGAGGAAAGCCGUGACUACAAUCUCAUUCAGACAAAACUGAGAGAUGCCAAGCUGGACACUAGAGAGGACCGAGCAAAUGCAUGGGUCUGGAAAGAUGUUUGUUUAGUGCACAAUGAAAAGCUCCUUAAAAAGUUCUCAGAAAAAAGGGCAGAGAUGCGAGCCAAAGGAAGACAUGGGAGACAAAUGGAGGAAAGAUUCUGUUUUCUAGCAGUAUCGGAUCAAAUGGCAGCCCAGAUUUAUCAGCAUGGUCUACGGGUUGGCAGCACUGUCCAGUAUGCCUUGGGAAAGCCAUCACACGGAGUAUAUCUUUUUAGGCAUGUCGAUGUGGCUCUGAAAUCCAAUGCCAGUGUUUUAAAUUGGACAAAAGUAAUCAUUUUCAAGGUUCUUAAUGGUAAGGUGAAAAAAAUCACUCCAAGCUUGGAUUGGAACAAGCUGCAAGAUCCCACUGUGGGCUUUGACUGUCAUAUGUGUAAAAACACAGCAUCCCAUCGAGACACUCUUCACCAGCAAGUCCUGGGUUCCUCUGUUUUUCUGUUUGAUUUUAACGAGAAGCAAGAACUCACUGAAAGACCCAGGCAGUGUUUGCCGUAUGCUGUAGUUUCGUUAGUUCCUGGCAGCGGUGCCAUUCUGACUGUGCCUACAAACCUACCACUCUCAGCUUCAGCAAUACCUAUUGGCCAAGUGCAUGACCAUUUUAAGGCAUGUACUGUGGCAGAGAGAAGAGGAAAAGGAGGUACUGCGACCAUUACAUAUAAACACUUUGGCAUGCCUGGCUGCUUUGAGACAGAUUAUACACCUCAGAUACCAGAAAUAGAAGUUCCACUUCAAAAGAGCGAAAUACAAAAUACAAAACAGCAAUGGAUUGCUGCCUGUGAGGAUGCAGAUUCCAGGAGUUCAGGGCCAGUUAUGGAUCACACUGCUUUCACUCAAAGUUUGCUGGGAAAGAAAUUAUUCCUGAGUGAUCAUAAAAAGUGUACAAGCAAUAACAAUACAUGGGAUAUAGUACCUCAAAGUCCAUUGGACAAAAUUUCUAGCACAGUCUAUUCUUCACGCUUUGUUCGAGAUCCUCGUCUAUCCAGACAAGACGCAAAUCAACAGAGCAACUACUUAGAGGCCAAAGUAGCAUAUACUGGAUCAGGAUGUGAUAAUAAGAAAUCCCAAACAGUCAAUAAAAACCAAAAAGAUAGUUAUGGAUUUGCUGGAAAUACGUGGGAUUCAGAAGAGCAAACAAAGAAGGAAACUCUACAACAAACCUCAAAUACUGACCAAUGUUCACAUACCCUGACAUUGCCCUCAAUUAAGUUAUUCAAAAUGAAAUUCAAAAAAUAUGCUGCCUAUUUUAGAAUGAAUGAGGAAGAGAGGCGUCAAAAAAUAUGGUCACAAGAACACAUGUCAGCAGAACAAAAGCAAGAAUUAGCUGACCGCAUACAUUUUUAUCAAGUUUUUUAUCAGAAGUAUAAAAAGGGAUUGAUCUUUCGAAAUGUUAAUGAGGCAAAGAAGGAAACUAGCAUUUCCCAAAGAGAGCCAAAAAAAACCCAUAUUCUACAGACAAAAGAUGAUACAAACAAGCACAAUCAAUCCUGCCAAAAUGUGUGCCAACCAAAAAAUCAUAAUGUUGCAAGUUUGUCAGCUAACUUGGGUAAUUGUAGUAUAGCACACAUUCAUGGGACCAGUCAUCUAUAUUAUACAGACUCUAGUGCACUAAUCUUGAGAAAGGGACAGGAUCAAGCACCAGAGACCCACCAGGAUCAUCCUGAUAAAUGCCUGGUUCAGUUUCCAGAUAAACUUUCAGAGCAAUCAUUAGUGCAGAGAUCACUAAACCUCAACCUCACAGGUGAGAAAACUGAGACACAAAGUGUACAUAUUGAUCUCAAGCACCCAAAUCCUUUAACUUGUCCCUCUAAUGCUAAGCUUAAUCACAGCAUAGAAUAUGAAAGUGAGUGCUCUAGAAGUGCAGUAGAGGACUUAAAGGAGAAUCUGUCUACUCCAGGUGAUGAAAAGCUCAGCACUGGAUCAUGCCUUACAUAUUCUUACAAUGUCAUGGGUAACACAGUCAUGGAUAUUGCAAACUCUGUUGAAGUCUCUAGCUGUGGACCAUUAGACAACUGUGAUCUAAGUCCUACCAUGACAGUAAAGCAAAAGAAGGAUGGUAAAAGUUCUGGUGAUGUUCAAGGAAUGGCUGCAUUUAGAUGGAUAAAAUGCUGUGAAGACUCAUCUCCAGAGCUUGAUGUGGAAACAGUAAAGCAGGACAACAACACACACUGGGAAUUGUACAAAAGAAUUCAGCUUUAUCAGCUAUUACCAAGUAUGUUUCAAAAGCAUGUUUUCUCCUCAAGUUCAGAGAGAGAUAUAAGCAGGCCCGCAGACAACAUUUCCAAGCUAAAAAAUGAAAACAAAGAUCACAGCGAAGCUGAAACAAACCUAAACAUGGGAUUCUGGAAAGAUAUCCAUCUUAAAGUUACUCUAAAAUCCAGCAAAACAUCUGCUCAUACUACAGAAGUGCUUUCUCUCUCUGAGCGAUUUUCAAAACUCAAAGGCCUUCAAAAGAAAUUGUGUGAAGGAAACCACAAAAUGAUACAAUUGUGCAGACGUGAGGAAUACAGAGAGACUGCAACUUGUAAUGCUGAAUUAAUACAAUUACUAGCCCAGAGGUACAGUAAAUCUAAACUGUAUAUGAAAUGCAAGAGCUUGAGGGGACCAGGCUGUAAGAAGGCAUGUCUCAAAAAACAUCACACAGUUCUAUAUCACUCUCUAAAGAGGAGCAAAUAUGUCAAAAAGACACGUCUCUGGAAAGCAAAGAGGAGUCUCAGCAGAGCAACUGAGUCAAUGGAUGAAACAGUAAACAUCAAAGCAAAACCAGAUUCUUCAAACAGUCAAUCUGAAAUAGUAUUUACAGAACAUGAAGAUCAAGACCCAAACUCUAAUUUAAAAAUAAUGUCUCACACAUCAGAUGGCAGACAAUCAUUACAUGUUCAGGGUUCUCAGGAGACUAUUGCCACUUUUCUUGAGACCAAACCGAUAGAGGAGCCAAUAAAGGCUACAGAAGAUUUUUAUAAAAAUGAUUCAGUCUGCACUGAGAGGGCGACAACAGAUUUUACUUCAAAUCUAAUUUCAGUAAUUGUGGAUGAAGGAGAACAAGGGAAGAUUACUGAAACAAGUGAGGAUUACUCCAAACAAUGCCAAACAACCUUGAUCACAUGCACUAGCAAAAAACAUAAGAGUAGUAAAGAGUGUGAAGAGGAGAACAUGUUGCUAAAUGUGAUCUCAGAGACUGGACUGAAUCCAUCAAAAAAGGAGCAUUUCACAAUUAAAUUUUUAGUAGAUGACAAUGUAGAUGCUGAUUGUGAAGCAUCAGAAACACACAAUUAUGUGCCUGCAAGCAACACAACUAACACUGAACUUAGGUCAAACGUGACUCCAGAGGCCAAGGUGAUAGAUCCUAUAAAUGAUAGAGCUGAGACAGAUACUAUAAAAUAUAGUGAGCAAAAUGCAAAUAUGAAAAACAUUCUUAAUGUUCAGUGUUUUGCAGGAACAGAAUGCAUGUCAGUAAAUAUCCCAAAAAUUAACAACUCAAUCCAACCAAUUUCUACCAGCACAUCUAAUAUAAGCAGUUUUUGUAGUACUGCUCCUGAAGCAUUUGGAGACACAAUAUCACAUUCAAAGCAGCAUGGUCCAGAGGCUUUGAAAUAUGCAUCAAAUAAUAUUGUGGAUCUUACUGUUGAUGAUUCAGCUUUGAAUAUCCAAUGUGAGAUCUCCUCAAAAUGCACAAAGAAGAGCAGCAACACCAGUUUGCUCAGUUCUACAAAAUCACCAAGUACUCUGGCAAUCAGAGACAACUGUAAUUUAUUAAGGCCAGACCAAAACAAAACCAACGAGGCAAACUCACCAGAAACCCAACUCAUUUCUAAACUAAGAGAUUAUUUGACCAAAUUUGAGUCCACUGUCAAAAAACAAGAAGCAGUGAAUGAAAAUCGUAAAGAAAGGCCAGUGGUGUGGAUAACGCUUGACAGUACCGCGCAUAAAAAGGAGAUUUUUGAAAAAAGCCAGUACUGUAUGGUGAAUGUUCCUUGCCUGAUGCCUCAAGGGGGUGAAGCAGUUAAAAAAGACAAUUUAAGUGAAUACACCAAAGCCCCUGUUCAAGCUAGGAAGGUUCUUCGAAGUGAACUUUCCCAGCAUGGAACUGAUGUUUGUCUACUAGUACCUGUUGAAUCUAAGAGAGGCAGACGAUCUUCUCAAACCAAACGAAGCAGCAGGCAAAAAUCAAUGAGGAGCUCAGUCACUAAGGUCAGUCCUGACAGUACCAGUGCUUUAGACACCAUCAAAGAUAACGGUCCUCACCCUUCACCCCAGAUAAACGACCAGAUGCAAAGAAAGCACACAACAGGGCAAGAAAAUCGAUCUGUGAAUUUAAAUAGUUUAUAUGAAAGACAAAGUAAAGAGAAUCAGUCAUUGAACACUGUAAAAAUCUUUGAUGAUGGCAAUGUGAGCAGUACAUUUGCUGACAAUAAAUACAGCACCAGUGACAUUUCGAACACUCUUAAAAUGGCAGACCAAACGAUCUCAUUAACCGAACUUGGAUCUUUGCAGUCUAAAUGCAAAAGUAUGUUGCAGCAUUUUAUCUCAAGUUUUGAACAUGAUCAGAAAGUGCUAUUCAACCAAUCUUUCGUCUCAAGGUGUCUCAUCUUAGAGCAAUAUUUGGACCAUCCACCUGCACAAGUAGAUCUGAAAUAUGAAGCAGUUAAUUCUUACUUGGAGUUGCAGAUGAUGAUGGAAGCCUGGCAGUUUGUAGAAAACAAAAUCAACUUUCUAAACGGUAAACCUACGUUUAGGAGUUUGCUAUGGUAUGACCCUUCCCUUUAUGGAGAGCUCUACAAAGGGGAGGUUGGUUUUCAGCAGCAGUCAUCAUUGUUUGCUUCUUUUCAAAAGACCUUGGCACAAGAGGGUUACAGUAAACUGCAGGAAUACUACAGUGCGGUAUUCUCCUUGCACCAACAGCUCCAUGUGGCUCCUGAUGCAUCUUACUACAUGUAUCUGAAGAGUAAGCGUGAGCUCCUUGAGGCUGAGGCUGCACUCAGAAAUGCCCAUGAUAUUAAAAGCUUCUUUUUAUCUGUACCAAUGUCUGCAAUUAUUAAUUUUGGGGAUAGUUUGGAAAGCUUGGAAAAAAUACACAAAGUUAUAAUGACUUUUGUGGAAACACCUUCAGAUCAGUUGCCAGGGACAUUUGAUGUGGGCAAAGCAGAGCAUCUGUCCAUCACAUGUAGAUAUCUCCAAGAAAAAGCUCUUUUCAUGAAGUCAUGCAAAGAAAUGAUUAGCAAAGUAUCAUGGUUUGGAAUUGAGCACCUUCUUUAUGAUGCCUCUAAGGUUCUUGUAUGGCAAGACAUAAAUCACAGUGCAACAAAUGAGGUUCUCAAGACAUAUAAGAAUUCAAACCCUCAAAUUAUUUUUGGGGUGAUGGAGUCAGGUGUUUCUCUUGUAAACAAAGUGGAACAGCCCCCUCCAUCCAUGAAUGGACCAGAAAUCCCAACAAAACAAAAGAGUGAUACUGCUCGGAAACGCAAGAGUUUGCAGUUAUGGAAGUCUCAACCAGGUAUUCCAAAGAGUGUAAAGGCUGACAAGGAUGUGACUUACAAAAUGGCUAAACGGAGGCAAUCUCUUUCACCCCUUACGCACUCUAAUAGCGUGAAACCAUUUUUCCAAACAACUUCUGUCAGCCAUGUUGAAAACCCAACCCCUUGCUACACUCUUCCUCAAGGAGUAGAUCUAGGGCAUUGGGGAAAUGUUGAAAACACAGCUGCAGACUGGAACACCUCAAACUUUCCACCGUCAACUUCCACGUGUCAUGCAAAUUCACUUCAUCUGUCUAAUAGACAAGCAACUUUAUCACAUCAUGAUGAGAGGAGAACUUUAGCAGACUUACAAAGACCUCAACAGCCUUCAGUCUUGUCUCCCCAAGCAACUUUUCAAGAAGAUUCUUGUGUUUCUCAUUUAGCAUUUGAGACUGUUAACUAUCAACAGACUAACACUGCACCACGUUUACCUGUACUCUCACAAGAACAGGUAAACCAGUUCAGUUUAGCCAUGACACAACCUUAUAGUUUACCAAAUUGCCCUCUGAAUGCUAAUUUGAUGCCACCACCGCCUCCUCUCUCAGUUCAGGCUUUGACGCAUGUCCCUGUGCCCAGUGCGAUUACAGCAAUUCAUUAUCCCUACUUCCUUCUCAAUGGACAAACAUACACCACAGGCUCCACUGCAGCUAUUCGCCCUGAUGCUAGAUAUUACCCUAACACCAUUUAGGACUAAUUUACUACAUGCUAUGAAAUCGAAUCACGUAAGCCAGUUUUAUUUAGUGAAAUGAAAUGAUGCGUGGCCGGGUACGAUGACUCAUACUCAGAAUUUGUGCUCUGCAUUUAACCCACAGUACUACACACACACUGUGAACACACCUGGAACAGUGGACAGCUAAUACAGCAACAUUAUAUCAAAGAACUAGUUUAACAUCAUAAACUAAUUCACAAAUGCAGUUGGUGCUUUUAAGCAAGUGUACUUUAAUGUGACAUUAAUGUAUAUAUGAAAUAAUAUAAAUUGUCUGGUAAAACCUUUCAUGUACUGUAAAUAACAAUAUUUUAUAAAAGAGUUGAUGUUCAGUUA